AUGUUACGUGACAUCAAUGUUGGUGUCUUUGCUUACAAUAAUGUCAAAAAGACUUCGAUUAUAUAUCUAACACUUGCUGUGGUGUCGAAGGGCUCUCGUUAUAUACGGAUCUUGCAAAAAAGUCAACACGAUCCCAUCUCGACAAAAGAUUUGCAGGUAAACCCUGGGGCGUUAGUAUCCCAGCAUCCUUUUUGUCUAACCAGGAAAGUCGCCUUUCGUGUUGAACUUCCAGGCGAGUCUGGUGAUCCCCUUGCAACAAAAGAGGCGCGUAAAACAAAACUUAAAGUUGGCAAAAAGAAAUUAUCAGCCACCAACUUGACAAAUGUCUCAUUUAAAUCACAAACAAUUAUUCUGCCUAAUCAAAGCAUUACAGAGGAUAAAUCAAAUGAAUUGACUAAUUCGCGGAGAUUAACUCUAAAUGAUUUAUUGAUUCAAUUAAAACAUUAUAGCCCUGGAUCACGAAAGGAUGCUAUACAGGGUCUCGUUGAUUAUUUUCAUCGGUAUCCUUCUAUACUUCCAAGAUCAUUAAGUAACGUGAUAAAUGCUACCGUUCGUCUUCUCAUUGAUGAAGAUAAGUGUGUAAGAAAAUCACUAUUUGCUUUUUUUCAAGAGUUUUUACCGACUCUGAAUAAGAUGGAUUUGAUACCAUUUCUUCCGCUUCUUAUUAUAUAUACGUGUUCUGGGAUGACUCAUAUCUAUGAAGAUAUAAAAAUUGAUGCCCUUAAAUUUAUGGAUAUCUGGUUAUCAAUUGCGCCAGAAGUAGUAGUGAAUGGCUUUUGGGAUAAGGUUCUCCCGAACUACAUUAGUUUUUUGACAUCCAAUCCAAAUGCAACAGAAUUUUCAAAUUCAUCCUUUUCAGCAAAUUCAUCACGAAAUGAUAUGUCAUCCCAGGAAGUGAAAAUUGACGCGCUUAAAGGUUUUCAAGUUUUUUUGGAAGCAGGAAUGCUAAAUGGCGUCAAUUCUUACUGGUAUUUUAUGAAUUUCUUGUCAACUGGGAAUACUUUACGAUCUCUUAAUCAACAGAAAAAUGAAUCAGAAACUAUUGUAAAUUGGGAUGAGCGACAUGGACAGGUCUUUUUGUCACCAUCUCAUCCGCUUAUCGGAUCGCUUUUACCGAAUAUGUGCGCAAGUUCCGAGUCAAAUAUUUCAAAACAACUUAAUUUAUUCGACGCAUCUGAUUCUACAUCGACAAGAGACAAAAAAAGUGAUCGAAUAAAUUUGAAUUCAACAAGCGAUUCCAGUUAUAGAAAUUCCGACAAUACAUCUGUUAUAGGUCGAUUGUCAGGAGCUAAGAGACUCUUGGAUUAUAUACAUCCACUGCUUCUUUCCAUGUGGCUUGAUGCUGCACCCUCAGUUUUUGCAUCAUUUAAUUUCAGCAUUCAUGAUACCUCUGCUCUUCGCAUCCUUUAUCUUAUAUUGAAUAUUAUGAAAAUUUUGUGGAGAACAGUUUUACUUUCCCCUGCCGAGGAAAUCAAAGAAUUUAUCAUGCCAUAUUGGAAUCAGCUGUUCAAAUAUUUGGCUGUCUAUUUUCCUUUUGGCUGGGAAAGCAAUAUGCAUGAUAAUAAGAUUGAGUCAAUUCUUUCGGAAAUGAAUAUCAUCUUUAGUGAAAUGGUUUCAUCAUACAUACUUAUAAUUAGUGAAAACAAACUCACAAAUCAACAUGGGUUACCUUCUUAUCGUCACAAAUCUGAUCACAAAGGGAUCCAACAUUCCGAGUCAAAAUUAGCGGCUUCACAUCUCAAUAGUAUAGAUCAAGUAGUAAAAUAUGUAUUACAUAUUCUUAGAUACCCGAGAAACAAUAAUGACACUAAAAUAAUACCAAGUGCAACAAUCAAUAUCAAGCCCGAGCUUUUCUCAUCAUUAUUUCCUACUAUCAUGUGUUUGCUUAAUUGUAUUGACCAAGACCAGCAGUUGAUUGUGUGUCAGGCAUUCAUUGAUUAUUCGAAGCGAUGCCAUUCUCAAUCCACCACAAAGAGAACCUGUAUUGAAUUCAUUGCUGAUAUUUUCGAGUUACAAAGCCAUCCACUAUAUACCGGUAAUUUCAAAAUCCAAUCCAACAAUGCUUUAUCUUCAUUAAUACAAACAUGGCUAUUGAGUUUACCAAAAAUAUUGUGGGAACUUAAAUUAAAUAAUCUUGAAACAAGUAAAAAAAUUCUACAAGUAAUGUGCGAUAUCGUUAAACGAGGAUUAAUUGGUCCAUUUGAUGCAAAGAUAUAUGAUCAAAUUCAGAUAACUCUGGUACCUUUUCUUCUUGUGCAUCUGCCAAAUAAAGGUGAAUGA